AUGGAACUCGACGAUGCUCUGAUCCAACUUGGAGAUUUUGGUUUCUACCAGAUUCUGAUAUUCCUUCUAGUUACCAUCCCAGGAAAUCUUUUUAGCGCGUGGCAGAUUAUGGUCAUUGUUUUCACUGGCGCUGUUCCGGACACCUACUACUGUGCUAUCCCAGAAGCCUCCUCUUUGAAUGAGUCUAUUCCUAUUAUCGACGUGGAUGAAGAUAGUGACCCGGUGUAUGACUCAUGUUCCAUGUAUGUCAACUCAUCGGUUGAUAACAGUACAAUGGAAUGUAUAGAUGGUUGGUAUUAUGAUUGGCAGCUUGGUGAAACCAUCGUAACCGAGUGGGACUUGGUGUGUGAUCGUGCAGGUCUAUCGCAAGUAUCCCAAUCACUCUUUAUGGCUGCUGCGAUGAUCGGAGCCUUUUCUGCUGGCCACUUGUCGGAUCGUUUUGGCAGAAAAACAAUCUUUCUUAUAAAUCUAUGGUCUAUGGCAGUUUUAGGAAGCCUUAUAGCAACGACACAGACUUUCCUUGGUUACUUGAUCAUGCGCUUCACCACUGGAUUAUUAGUACAGGGCGUUGCUAAUAUUCAAUUUGUCUUGGCAACCGAAAUGUUUCCACCUUCCAAGCGCACGUAUGCCGGGUUUCUCAACACCACAUGCUGGGCUCUUGGAAUAACAACGCUGGCACCGAUAGCUUACGCACUUCGACACCACAGUUGGAGAGUUCUUCAGGUCGUUAUAUCCGCCCCAGCUAUUCUCACAUUUUACUAUUAUUGGGUUGUGCCGGAGUCUCUGCGUUGGAGAAUAUCAAAAGGUCAAACACAUGAAGCGGAGAAGGUUUUAUACACAGCGGCGAGAGUAAAUAAUGUGGCUUUACCCGAACAUGUGUUGACCGCCGCGGCGCCAUCUGAAAAUGACAUUACUGCAGAUUCAGGAACAAGUUUAGUAGCUUUACGGGUUGUACUGGUAUUACUCGGAAAGUUUGGAGUGACAGCUGCGUUUAGUUCCAUGGUUGUCUGGACCCCGGAGCUAUUCCCGACACUGUUGAGAAGCAUGGGUUUCGCCAUGGGGGCUGUUUUCAGCAGCAUAGGUGGGAUAAUCGCUCCACUGACGACUUACGUGGCGUCUAAUAAUGUAGCAAUACCAAUGAUGAUAUUCGGAGUCUGUUCACUGGUCGCCGCGGGGCUAGUUUUAUUACUGCCAGAGACGAAGGACAAGGUGAUGCCAAGAACCGUCGAAGAAGCUAAUCUCUUAUAUGGAACGAAGGGGGAAGUCACUAUCUCUGGUGACGACGCUGCGUCUAAUACGACGCGUGGUUUCUGUAAUAAAGAUAUCAAAACAGACGAUGAAUAA